CGCUGCGGUGCGGUUUGGUGGCGGACAGGUGAGGUGAGGCAUGGCCGCCAGCGCCAGGGUGCCUGAUCUUGGCUCCGACUUUGCUCAGAAGAUGCUGCAGGACCUCCGCCGACGCCGCGAGAGGCUCGGCUUCGGCUCGCCGUCGGCGCAGCAGCAGCAGCAGCGCACGGCGUCCACCGCCGCCGCCACCGCCACCGCGUCUCGGGAUGCUUGCUCGAAUUCUCAGAGGCCAGCUCCCAGCCAGAGGCCGCAGCAGGCAGCUGCUGCCCCUCGAUCGACUAGGCCAGAAGCAACGACGACACCGAGACAACCCAGCACCAGCAAUGCCGUCCUUGCCAGCGCCGCCAGGCCACGGCGAGUGCGCCCUGUCGCCGCCGCCGACGCCGACGCGCGCGCCAUCGUGCCGUUCCAGGGAGGAGGAGGAGGCGCGGGCGGCGGCAAGCCGGAGCAUGCCGUCGUCGCGAGCGGUGUCGACGUGCAGAUGGCCGCGCUGGCCCUCGCGCUGAGCGACGGAGGGAAGCUCCGAAACAUCGAGGUCGUGGCGCGCAACGGCUCCGUCUUCUUCCGGCAGCCGGACGCGGCCCGUCUGGGCGUUGGCGGCGGCGGCGGCUACCUCCUGCCGCCGCCGCCUUCUGGAGGAGAUACAGGCGCGCACGCUGGCGAAGUGGCGAUCGGGGUGCAGGACCUGAACGACAUGCUCAUGGCCGCGUAUUCUUCCGGUGGGAGGAGGAGGCCCGACGACGAGGCCCGGAAGAAGCUCUUCAGAGGGUCCAUGGACAUGGAGGAGGCGCUGAGCAUGCUGGUCAUGCUCCAGGACGCCUCCAGGUACAUGGAAGGGUCCGGGAGCGGGCUCAAGGGGAAGGAGAACCGCAAGAGCUCGCCGGCGGCGCGCUCCGCCAGGAUCGAGGAGAUCGUCGACGAAGAUUCUGAUGCUGAGCACGGCAAACAUGCUUCCAUGCAGAUGGUUGUCCACGACAAAUUUCAGAGCCAUGAGAGUGCAGACAGUAGGUCAGUUAUUCAGUCUAGUCCAGGCAGCUCCAAGAUCAACAGUGCUUCUGGAGGUGAAAAGGAUGGCUCAAAAGUGAGGAUGCCCAGCGUGAUCGCCAAGCUGAUGGGGCUGGAGAACCUGCCGUCGUCGACGACGACGACGACCGCCGCGGAGCGCAAGGGGACGGAGAGGUUUGUGAAACCCGGAGCCGCGGCGCCAAGAAUGGAGGUCAGAGGAAACGCGAUGGACCGCAAAUUGCCGAUACGGAUCAUCGCUUCAGAGAAGGGGCAGCACAAGAUUGUGUUGGCAGGGGAGUGGAAGAAUGGCAUGACAAACUUUGGGGAGUCUGAAAUGGGUGCUGCUGCACUGUCGAACAGUUCAUCACACCCUGCAACUGGUAAUAGCAAGCAAGGAAGGCUAACCAUGAGGGAGGUGCUGAGAAAGAUGGUGGCAGCAGAGAGAGGAGCCGAUGAAAGACAGGUAGCUGAUGAGAGGAUCAUCCAUGAGGACAAGACUGCUGCCGAAGAAAUCAAGCUGCAGAACUCCGUCGAUGUCGGGUGCCGUGCCGAUUCGGGUAAGAGGAUGGAUUUUCUGAAAAGAUUCAGGAAGAAUUCAGACAACAGACCUGUCAAGGAAGAGAAGCAGACUGCUCAAGUGAAGAAGGCAGAAGUUGGAAAGAAGCAGGCCACUGGCAUGAGACGGUUGCUGGGGAGAGACGGCGAGGCGAAAUCGAGGAAGGCGAGGGAGAAGGUUAACAAGGAGAACCUUGCCACUGCAGAAACCAAGGCUGCAGGAAAGAAUGUGAAGGCUGAUCAGAUGAGAAAGCAAGCACAGAGUAAACAUGUAGAGAGACAGAUCACGGCGAGGAAACCACAGAAUCGCCGGGAAACACAGAGGGAAACGCCUAGCCGGAAGACUGAAAACAAGAAGUCGGUGAUGUCAGAAGCAGGACAUAUGAGAAAGAAGCCUGAGUACAAUCUAGUGACACAACAGGAUAAUGAAGAACAUGCAAAAGAACAUGACAGUUUUAGCAAACCAGCAGAUAGCACACAUGGCGAAGGCGGUUUGUCGGAACCAUUGGCGAUUGUAGUGAGAGGCAGCAGCAUAGCCGGGGCAGCUUCCUUGGACCAACCAUUACAGAAAAUAACUGAAGGGUCUACUGAGAAAGCAACUGAAACACCGAGGGAACCGCAGAAUUGUCGGGGAAAGCAGAGCGAAACACCGAGCCGGAAGUUGGAAAACAAGAAGUUAUCGUUGUCAGAAGCAGGACAUAUGAGAAAGAAGCUUGACACUGUAGUGGCACAACAGGAGAAUGAAGUAGAUGCAAAUGUAAAUUGUACUAUCAGUUCUAGCAAACCAGCAGAUAGCACGAAAGGCGAAGGCGGUUUGUCGGAACCAUCGACAAUGGUAGUGAGAGACAGCACCACAGCCGAAGCAGCUUCUUUGGACAAACCUUUGCAGAAAAUAACUGAAGGAACUAGUGAUCCUACAGUUCCUGCUGAGAGUGUUGUACAGGCAAGUGAGGAUUUGAAGUUCUUGGAUCAGAGCGCAGUUGCUGAGAUAGAUGAUGAAAGAAUGAACCACACACCGAGUGAGACUACACAGAUACCUGAAAUAUUUGCCGAGGAAGAACAACAACAAGAGCAAGAAAUGAUAGUGAAAGAGCAACUAACCGAGGAUUUGAAGUUCUUGAAUCAGAGUACGAUUCCUGAGACAAAUGAUGAACAGAUCAACCACACACCUGAUGAGGCGACAGAAUUACCUGAAACAUUUGCCGAGGAAGAACAACAGCAGCAACAACAAGAACGAGACCAACAAAUGAUAGUGAUACCGGAAACUUUUUCCGAGAUGGAGGAACAACAGCAACAAAUGAUAGUGAAAGAGCAACUAACGGACGGCUCGGAUCACACCACAGGGUCCAUCAGUUCUGAAAAUUUGCAGCAGGAUCAGGAGACGCAUGUCGUUACAUGCGAUUCUUUGACAGAGAACCAGCUGCUGCUCAUGAGACUGCUGGUAAAGGAUCGGUACUUGCUCGAAACCGCAAAGUCGAUCGUCAGAGUUGAUGCCCCCGUCAGUUUCAUGGACGACGUCGCCAGCGCGCCGAACUGGUCGGACAAGGGCAACGAACUCCUCUCCGACGUGGCCCGGGAGGUGACCAGAAGGAAAGGCAAACGGAGCGAGGCCAUGGAGGAGGUCAGCGUGGCGCGCGGCACCAACCCGAGGCUGCGAUACCUCGACGACCUUGUCAGAGAGCUCGACGGCGACGUCGAGAGCCUGGACAUGUCCAAGUCCAAGAGUGCUCGGCAUCAGGGCGACAAUGGCGCGGCCGAGAACCUGCGUAGGAUACUCGAGGGUGACAUUCAGAAUGAGCACCCCGACGCCAACUCGACGUGGGAUUUCGGGUGGAACCGCGUGUGGGAGCUGCCGUUGGAGAAGGCCGACGUCGUCAGGGAUCUGGAGAAGAACAUACUGGGCGGCAUCAUCACCGACGUGGCGAGGGAUCUCAUCGGAGUAUCGGUGCGGCAUGGCUGUUGUCCCUGCGUGGCUUGAGUGGAGCGGUGGAGGUGGAGUGCGGCAGCAGGAGAUGAGACUUUUAGAAUGGUCAAGCUCACUGGGUUAGGAUAAUUUUUUGAUCUGCACCACGUGUAUUCGCUGUAAGUAAUUGCUGUGAGGUUUCAGUGUAUAAAGAAAUGUUUGUGUGCUCGUGUA